GCCCGUAUCCGCGCAUCAGCUGUUAUCUGCUUUAUUGCGAUAUAGCAAUACGGACUUUGUUUAUAUAAAAUAAAUCGAACUUGCCAAAAGUAUACAAAAAUUUUUGUUGAGUAUGAAUGACAUAAAACGCUUAAAGGAUCAACAACGCGAUAUACAUCCCGGAUUCGACUCUUACUUGAAUUGCAUGACACGGGCUCUUUUCUCGGGUCUUGCUUCAUUUUGCUUAACAUUUUCCUGCUGUCAUUUUACACAAAAGCUGUUGCGCACAAAAAUCCACUACCCCGUUCAAUAUAGCGUGUUGGCGUCGGCUAUAGUGGCAACUGGUGUAUCCUACACAACCACCACAAGUCGCACUAAAGCUUGCCAAGCAGCUUGGAUGGCAGCUGAGGAUAAGCAUACUAUACUGAAAGAAGAGCAUUAUUAA